AUGAAUGGAACAGAGGGUCCAUACUUCUACGUGCCCAUGUCCAAUGCCACUGGUGUCGUGAGGAGUCCUUAUGAAUACCCUCAGUACUACCUAGUGGCACCAUGGGCAUUUGCUGCCUUGGCCGCCUACAUGUUCUUCCUCAUCCUUGUUGGCUUUCCCAUCAACUUCCUUACACUCUAUGUCACCAUUGAGCACAAGAAGCUGCGGACACCUCUAAACUUCAUCCUCUUGAACUUGGCUGUUGCUGACUUGUUAAUGGUGUUUGGUGGCUUUACGACAACGAUAUACACAUCCAUGCAUGGCUACUUUGUUCUUGGGCGCCUUGGCUGCAACCUAGAGGGCUUCUUUGCAACUUUUGGAGGUAUUAACUCACUGUGGUGCCUGGUCGUGCUGUCCAUCGAGAGAUGGAUUGUUGUCUGCAAGCCUAUGAGCAACUUUAGAUUUGGAGAGAACCACGCUAUCAUGGGCGUAGCUUUCACCUGGGUCAUGGCAUUGGCCUGUACUGUGCCCCCACUGGUUGGCUGGUCUCGUUAUAUUCCUGAGGGCAUGCAGUGCUCAUGUGGUAUUGACUACUACACCCGUGCUGAGGGGUUCAAUAAUGAGUCAUUUGUCAUCUACAUGUUCACAGUACAUUUCCUGACACCACUCUUCAUCAUCACCUUCUGCUAUGGUCGUCUGGUUUGCACCGUCAAGGAGGCUGCAGCUGCCCAGCAGGAGUCUGAGACAACCCAGAGAGCUGAGCGUGAGGUCACCCGCAUGGUCAUCAUCAUGUUCAUUGGCUACUUGGCUGCUUGGUUGCCUUAUGCAAGUGUUUCUUGGUACAUAUUUACCCAUCAGGGCACUGAGUUUGGACCUGUCUUUAUGACCCUUCCCGCCUUCUUUGCAAAAAGCUCUUCAUGUUACAACCCAAUUAUCUAUGUUUGCAUGAACAAGCAGUUUCGCCACUGCAUGAUUACCACCCUGUGCUGUGGCAAGAACCCAUUCGAGGAAGAGGAAGGAGCCUCCACCACUACCUCCAAGACAGAGGCCUCAUCGGUCUCCUCCAGCUCUGUGUCCCCGGCAUAA